AUGCGCAAGACGCGCCCUUGGAUGCGCAAUCUAUCGCUCGACCCUCAAAGGCGCUCGUUGGAGACUGCUGGACCAUCCCUCAUCACUAUUGGUAGCUCACCAUCGGCCCCUAGUUCGCCAGAGGUAUACUACCAAGACGUCAUUGAUGUCGAUGCGCCUAUCGACAUUGGCUCUGACACCGAAGAUGAAGAUGAGAAUCCGCAAGACGAUGAUGCUAUGAAUGCCGGUAAUGUGCACAUCGGUCACCUUCGCACUAGAAUCGCAGGUUGCAAUCACUAUCACGGCCGAGUGACGCCAGGCGAGCAAGUGAAACUCGUUCGGCAGCCUCAGAACCAGUAUGAUUCGAAUGCCGUCCAAGUUCUCAACAUGGCUGCUCAACAAGUCGGUCACCUCCCUCGCGGCAUUGCACGAGGUGCAGCGCCAUUUAUGGAUCAACACGUUUGUCAUUUGGAAGCAGCUGUGCUUGGCCACAGGCAAGCAUAUUCCAUCCCACUCAUUAUCGACGUCUUUGCCCAUCCUUCCAUUGCGGAACCUUUGAAGACCGCUUUGGCGCGCGCAGGUUUGGUUUUGAUAGCAGGUGACGCUGAAGCUCGGUCCAACAAAGAACCAGCUAGACCCGAGCAAAUUAUCAACCUCGACAUACCGCACGAUGCUAUUACCAUCGACGAGAUCAAUGCUGAGGCCAUUGCAGUCAAUACGCAAUCAGCUAAUGCCUUGCUGGAUCAGCUCUCAGAGAAAGCUGUUGACCUCUUCAAGAUGCGAAAGGCUGUACAGCCGUCAAGACUUAAGACUCAGUUGCUUGGCUAUCAGUUGCAAGGCUUGAGAUGGAUGAUUGAGAAAGAAAAUCCGGUACUGCCUUCAGGGGCGACUGUGGCGCAAGGAUGGAAACAGAUUCGGGGCGCUUACGUCAACAUUGUUACGCAGUUUACGACUGAUACGCCUCCAAAGCUAGCUCGAGGCGGUUUACUAAGUGAUGACAUGGGACUCGGCAAGACUCUACAGAUUCUGUCACUCAUUGCGGCUGAGGCCGAGUCUGCGCCUGAUGUCUACACUGAAUUCGCUAAAGGAGCAACCCUUCUGAUAUGCCCGACAUCGCUUAUGUCAAAUUGGCGAGAUCAAGCUGCAGAGCACUUCAAGGGUGAUUCGAAGCUCAAGAUUUUGAUCUAUCACGGCACAGACAAACCACGAAAGAAGCAUCUCGAGCGCGCUGAACUCGUUCUUACGACGUAUGGCACAGUUGCCAAUGAAUUUGCCAGAAAGGACAAGAUGGAAACGACUGGCUUGCUGGACGUGCAGUGGAAACGAAUCGUGCUGGAUGAAUCGCACAAGAUUCGCAAUGCCAAUGCCCAAUCUUGUAAAGCAGUGACUGCUUUGAAGAGUGCUUCUCGAUGGUGCUUGUCUGGAACACCCAUCGUCAAUACCUUCAACGACUUGGCUGGCAUUUUGCGUUUCUUACGCUACACCGGUGGCCUUGAGGAUCCCAAGCUCUUCAAUUCGACAUUGACACGCAAGCUGCUGAGCAGAAGCCCAGAAGUUCGCUUGGAAGCAGGCAAAUUACUUCGCAUUAUCAUGCAAGACUUGUCCUUGAGACGACGUAAAGAUAUGGAAGUGGAUGGAAAACCCCUUGUCGCAUUACCACCCAUUCAGGAAUUCAUCCACAAGAUGCCAUUCGCAAGCAAAACGGAAGAAGACAUGUACGAGUUGCUGCAGAAGCAAGCAAAAGGCCUGUUGGUCGAUGCGCAGGGUGGUGAGUUCAAGUCGGGUGCCAUUCUGGAAAUCUUACUACGGAUGCGUCAGGCUGCCAAUUGUUUGUCCCUAGUGGGCGAGAAUCGUCUUGCUGCCUUGGAAGCCUUGGAGACACAAGACAUUGUCAACUUCACCCCAGAGAAUAUCAAGGCUCUUCACACGCUACUGCAAGUCUCUGUGGAUGCAGCGGACGAAUGCCCAAUCUGCAUGGAGGUGCUCAUGGCUGAAGGUCGUAUCCCGCAAAUAACAGCUUGCAAGCACGUCUUUUGCAGGGAUUGCAUUUCAGAGACCAUCAAAAAUCAAGGGACGUGUCCAUUGUGCCGUGCUGCUCUAACCUUGAAUCAGCUACUUGGCCUACCGGACUGCAAGUCUGAGAAGAAGACCAUCGGAAAGGGUGAAUCUACCAAGCUAUCAGAGCUGCUCAAGAUUUUGCACGCUUCGCAUCGCAAGGAUACAACCACUAAGACGAUUGUCUUCUCUCAGUGGACAAAGUUUUUGGACCUGAUUGAGCCUCAGCUCAAGACGGCUGGACUUGCCUUUACGCGCAUUGAUGGAACGAUGACUGUCAAGCAACGUGAUGCAGCCAUUAAUAGACUUGGCAAAGAUCCCAAGACGACCAUCAUGCUGGCAUCGCUCAGUGUUGCUUCUGUUGGCUUGAAUCUAGUCAUGGCCAAUCAAGUCAUUCUUUGUGAUCCAUGGUGGGCACCUGCUGUUGAGGAUCAAAGCAUCUCGCGCGUGUAUCGACUCGGGCAGAAGCGUCCCGUGACAAUCUACAAGCUCGUCAUGUCAGACACAAUCGAGGAACGCGUCUUGGCCAUCCAAGAACGGAAGCGCGAGAUGGCUAAAACGAGUGGCACGCAUGAAACGCGCGCACAGGCAGCACAGACGCGUAGGCGUGAUAUUGAGGCGCUUCUUGCGGAUUAG